AUGUUCCAGCUCGACGACAUUAAGUGCGAGUACCACCCAAGCAGUGGGAUCCCACCUGAGGUCCACGCUUUUCACACUUUCAAACGGCGUCCAAUGCCAUCGACACCCUCUGUCCCACCUGACAAGCACCCCUGGACUCCGUUCAAAUCGCGACUGGAGUUCGAACUUGCUGAACUUGCCCUGGAGGCUUGCUUGAACAAUGAGCAGACUGAUCGGCUCAUAAAACUUUGCAACCGGUGCACUUCCCGACAGGAGAAGUUCACGUUCCAGACUCACAAGGACAUCCACGACAGAUGGGACACUACUUCACAUCGUAUUACAGGGUUUACUCAAGACAUAAUUUCAGUACCGUAUGACGGUACCGUGCGAGAGUUCGAGCUGCACUAUCGUAAUCUCUGGGAGUGGGCUACCGACCUCCUUCGCGAUCCUCAGCUUUUUCCACACAUGGUAUUUGAUGCGCAGCGCUUCUCAAAGUUUGAUGGCAAGACAUUUGUAAAUUUCUUAGAUGAACCUUACACUGCUGAAGCUUUUUGGAACAUUCAAUCUCAGCUACCAGAGGGCGCCAAACCCCUGGCUUUUAUUCUGUACGCCGACAAAACCAAGUUGUCCUCAUUUGGUACUGCAAGAGGUUACCCUGUUGUCGCACGUCUCGCGAAUCUUCCCACUGACAUUCGUAACGGUGAAGGUAUAGGUGGCGGGCUACAUUGUUGGAACGCCGUUUGGCACGAGGCAUUCUUGAAGAUUCUCUCUCCGCUAGCAUCAAAAUCUAGCACAGGUCAAUGGUUUGAAUGCCUUGACAGCAUUCAACGCUGGUUCUUUCCUUCAAUCUUAAUUUUAUCAGCUGAUUAUGAGGAACAAUGCAUUAUGUCAUUGACUCAAGGGAUUAAAUCCCUGUGGUCAUGCCCAGUUUGUCUCAUCCCUCAUUCACAGAAUAUCUUGCGGGCCGCAUGGGACAAGGAUACCACUAAAGAGAGAGACAACACACUCAAACAAUAUGGACUUCGUGAUGUCCAGAACACUUUCUGGAGUGUUGCGCUCACUUGCAUACAUCAGGCACUCUCUUGGGAUAGGCUCCAUUUCAACAGUGGCCUGUAUUGCAAUCAUCUGUGGGCUGAAUUGCAAAAAAUAAUCGCUAGUCUUGGGAGAGCAAAAGUAGCUCAGAUGCACAAGCAACAUUUAGCACAAGUCAUGAGCAUUUCCUUUACUGAUAUGGUGAUCUUUGCUGCACAUGCCAUCGUGACUGAGGAUGAGUGUCCGCUCAGGUACCUCUUACUUCGUUGUAUCCAACUUUUCCUUGAAGUUGAUAUGUAUGCAGUGCUCGAGGUUCACAUGACUGAUACUAUCUGUGCAGGCCAGCAUGCAGUUCAAGCAUUCUCAACCUAUCUACAGAGCGACAAGAACUGGAACUUCCCCAAGCUGCACAUGAGUGUGCAUAUCUUCGACAACAUUGAAGCUAAAGGUGUUACACGUAACUACAACACGAAGCCAAAUGAGAAGAUGCAUGGGUCACUGAAAGAAUCGUAUUUAAUGCGCACUAACUUCAGGGACAUCGCACCACAGAUUCUUCGCAUCAAUCAUUGGCAAGUGAUCGCCGAGAGCAUUCGCCGGAACAUAUCCGACUUCGAUGAGUAUCAAUCGCAAAAUGUCGACUAUGUACUGGACGAAGACGAUUCUUUGGUGGAUGAUUUAGUUAUUUCGAAUGACUCGCUGAAGCUCAGAUCCAGACAAGCUCCACAGACCUUUGAAUCUCUUGAGAACGCUCACAAAAGUGACAGCACAUUUACUAACUUUCGUAUCAAGCUCAAUGAGUUUUUGACUAACUUUUUAUUAGCCAUUCAACUCCCUCUACCAGGUGGAAAGCGGGUCCAACUCAAAACAAAUGACAAGAUCACUGAGUGCCGUUUCUUGAAAGUUAACUACGAGUCAUUGGUAGAUUGGCGCCAACACACCGACUACCUUCGAUGCAAUCCCAAGUUCUUUGGUGCUUCACGCUUCGAUUGUGCGUUCAUCCAGACGACCGACAAGAUCAUAUUUGGUCGCCUGCUCUUUGUUUUCGAAUGUACACUGGACAAUACAGUCCUCUCCCUCGCCCUUAUUCACCCAUUUGAUGCUCCCACUGGCGUGUGCAUCCAAAAGGACAAGCAUCUCAACAUCUUUCGUGUUCGAGCAAAACUCCGCGCGCAGGCCGAGUUUUUCUCAGUAAGGGCGAUUAUCCGUGGAGCUCUCCUAGUGCCAGAUGGUGGCAACGAUUUCCUUGUUGUCGAUACUGUCGACACUGACAUGUUCCUUCGUGUGAAGGCACUGCAUCUUGAAGCAGGGCAUAUUUGGUUUGCAAGCAUUCAUUGA